UCCACAGUCUGACAUUCAUUCAACACUGCCAUCGUAAGCAGAUUACUUUCAGUAGUGCACUUUGCCAUACUAUGCUAAGGAUGCUAAAGAAAUAUCAGCUUCACCCUGGCAUAAUUGUAUUGUCUUUAUGGCUUAGUCACCUCAUAGAAGAUCACAAAGUGCAGGCUGGUAACUGCUGGCUGCAGCAAGGCAAGAACGGAAGAUGCCAGUUUCUAUACAUGUAUGGGAUGAGCAGAGAGGAAUGCUGUCGGAGUGGCAGACUGGGUACUUCAUGGACCGAAGAAGAUGUACCAAAUGGCACGUUGUUUCGCUGGACGGUCUUCAGUGGAGGGGCUCCUAACUGUAUACCUUGCAAAGAAACGUGUGACAACGUGGAUUGCGGUCCAGGAAAGAAGUGUAAAAUGAACAAGAGGAACAAACCGCGCUGCGUCUGCGCCCCAGACUGCUCCAAUGUCACCUGGAAAGGUCCCGUGUGUGGGACAGAUGGAAAAACUUACAGAGACGAGUGCGUCCUGCUGAAAGCAAGAUGUAAAAGUCACUUAGACCUCGAGGUCCAAUAUCAAGGGAAAUGCAAAAAGACGUGCAACGAUGUCCUAUGUCCAGGCAGUUCAACGUGCGUGGUGGAUCAGGCCAAUAAUGCGCAUUGUGUGACAUGUAAUCGGAUUUGCCCAGAAGUAACGUCGCCGGAGCAAUACUUGUGUGGAAACGACGGAAUCAUCUAUUCCAGCGCUUGUCAUUUGAGAAGGGCUACCUGCCUUCUCGGCAGGUCCAUUGGAGUUGCUUACGAAGGGAAAUGCAUAAAGGCCAAGUCCUGUGCCGACAUCCAGUGCAGCACAGGGAAGAAGUGUCUUUGGGAUACAAGGAUGGGUAGGGGGCGCUGUUCUUUCUGCGAGGAGGUCUGUCCAGAUAGUGGCUCAGAAGAGGCUGUGUGCGCCAGUGAUAACACCACGUAUCCCAGCGAGUGUGCCAUGAAGCGGGCUGCAUGUGCUAUGGGGGUUCUCCUGGAAAUUAAGCAUUCGGGAUCUUGCAACUCCAUUACUGAAGACCAGGACGAUGAGGAAGAUGAUGAAGACCAAGAUUACAUGGCUUAUUUCCAUUUAUCUCCAAUACAGGAUGGAUAAACCACCACCAAUGUCAAGACUCAUGUCAAUAAUGUACAUACGUGUAUGCUUAUUUAUUUUUAAGAAAAAAAAAGAAGUUCACAUAUAGUUCAGUGCUAGAUGUUUAUUUAUACUUUGUGUUUUAUAAUUUAUACAUUUACAGUGUCUGGCUAAUUAUAUAUACAUUGUUAUUUUGUAUUUUCCAAAGAAAAACAAUGUUAUUUAUUAUGAGGUACAAUGCGACCAUGUAUAAAUCUGCAAGCUGUAAAUUGCAUUCCUUGAGCUGUAUAAAUCUGCUUUUCACUCUCGUUUUCUUCUGCUACAGUUGUUCAUUUCACAGAAAAACGCAUGUUAGCCUAUGUGUUUAUUUAUUGGGAAUCCACCAUUCAAUGUACAGAAAUGGCUUUGAGUUUUGUUUACUAUACAUAACUGACCAAAGGGACUGUCUCAGUGGUUCUGCAAAGUACUUCUUAUGGUGCAACAAACUAAGAAAUAUGUUUGAUAGACAACCAUUUGCAUUGUUUUCAAAUAUCGAGAAGGAGGACAACAAACGGCAGUUUUUCUUGAUGGAGCCACCAAUGGAUUUGUGAAGAUACUUGACAAUACUGAAAAGUACUUUUGCAAACCCUUGCAAAUUGCCUUUUGUCCUUCUCCUUUGCUAAUGUAUCUGUUCAUCAUAGCAGUUAUUUUGCUCCAUAUUGCUCUUGCAGGACUCGCAGAAAUCCAUAUAAUACAACAUUAAUAAACAAUAUAUCAAAUUUAGUUACUUUGUUGUUCUCAUAUUGUGUUGAAAAUCUUUUUUUUUAAUUGUUCAAACAUGACACAUAAUUACAGAAUCAGUUAUAAAUAUAUAGUUUUGUAUUUUUUAUGUAAAUGGUAUAUGUACAUAAACAUUAUCCUCGUAUUUGUACAGAUUGAAUGAAACAAUAAAAAUAACUUUUUUUCCUGA